AUGUUUUUAACUCUGCGUGUCUCUCACGUGGUGAAUUUUAAACAUUAGACAAGUAGUAAUAUUUUUUAUUUUUUUUUUUUUAAAGACAUUAUCUUGACAAAAUGGGUAAAAUUAAAGUUGAUAAAAAGAACAGGAUUCAUAAAUCUGUUGAAAAACAUGGUAUAAUGUUCAAUAAAAAUUUUGGUCAACAUAUACUAAAAAAUCCUGCAAUUAUCACUGGUAUGGUGGAUAAAGCAUCAGUUUAUCCUUCGGAUAUUGUCUUGGAAAUAGGUCCUGGCACUGGAAAUUUAACAGCUAAAUUACUUGAGAAAGGAAAACGAGUUCUGGCUUAUGAAAUAGAUGUCAGGCUUGUUGGAGAAUUAGAAAAGAGGUUCCUAAGCACACCCUACCAUUCUAAAUUAGAAAUAAAAGUUGGUGAUGUGUUAAAAUCUGAAUUACCAUUUUUUAACAUAUGUGUUGCUAAUAUUCCAUACCAAAUUUCAUCUCCAUUAAUUUUUAAACUUUUAUUGCAUAGACCUUUUUUUCGGUGUGCAGUUCUUAUGGUCCAAAAAGAGUUUGCCUACAGACUCAUAGCUAAACCUGGAGAAAAAUUAUAUUGUCGAUUAUCAAUAAAUACCCAACUUUUAGCAAGAGUUGAUAUACUUAUGAAAGUAGGAAAAAAUAACUUCAAGCCUCCACCGAAAGUUGAUUCAAAUGUUGUCAGAAUAGAACCAAAAAACCCUCCACCAGACAUCAAUUUUAAAGAGUGGGAUGGUUUCACCAGGAUAGUUUUUAUAAGAAAAAACAAACAACUAAGUGCACUAUUUAAACAAACAGCUGUAAUUGCUGUGCUGGAAAAGAAUUAUAGAUCUUAUGCUUCACUAAAUAAUAUAGCUUUACCACCAGGCUUUGAUAUGUUGGAAAAGAUUAAUUCUGUAUUGACAGAAGUUAAUGCAAAUAAUCUUCGUGCAAGAACUAUGGAUGUUGAUGACUUCUUAAAAGUCCUGGAAGCUUUCAACCGACAGGGAAUUCAUUUUUCAUGAGUUGUUCUGAUUCAAAUGUGUGAGAAGUUAUGCUUAUAGCCGAAUCCUAGCCAUCUUUUGAAGAUAAAAAAAGAUGUUCAUGUCAAGAGAACUGAAUUUUAAAUCAGGCUAAAAUUAGUUUAAGCAUUAUUUGUACUGCUUUAAUGAAAUGACAAUGCUUGUAAAUUGGAUUAUGUGACAAUAAUUCUUUAAUCUCAAAUAGCCAAGUAUGUGUGAUUAUAGCGCCCCUCCUUAGCCUCUACUUGUCCUUAAUAUCAGUAAUGUGGCUGAGUGCGAGGCGCUGGAAUCUCCUAGAGUCCUGCCUUUCCUUCCACGAGUGGGAAGAAAGGCUUGGCUCAGAGUUCUUCUGAGUGAAUGUGUUCUGUAAAUAUUGUAUAGUAUGCAUGUGUUUCAGUUGUUAUUUUCAUUAAUUUAGCUCUUUUGUUUAUAUACAUUUAUUUUUAUUGUUAUUAGUUUCUGUAUUAUUUAUUUUAAAUAAAGUGUAUUUAUUUUAUUGUAAAUAGAGUGUGAAUGUGCUCUCUGAACACUAUUAUAAAUGUAAAUUGUGACAGGGUUGUAAUAUUUCUGAAUAAAUAAAUAAACUUAAACUAAUCUCUA